CAGCCUGGACCCGCCACCACUUGAACUUGAACCGUCCACCGCUGCAGCUCAGACCGUCCACCGCUGCAGCUCAGACCGUCCACCGGUCCCCGUCCAGACUCAACCUGCAGCCCGAUGGCCUCCAGCGACUGCCUGCCUCUCCAGUAUGUGGAUGUGUGUAAGGACGCCUUCUACUUCUCAAGUGAGUCUGUGUACUUGUGAGUGAAAUGUUGUUGUCCACACCGGAGCUCUGACCUCACCCCCGUUCUCUCCUUCCAUGUUUCCUCGCCAACGGUGCCGACUUCAGAGGUCCAAACAGAUAUCUGCACGGACGCUUUCCAGAUCUCCAGAACCAAGGUCUGCGUCUACAUCCAGAGCAGGGAGCAUAAGUUCCUGAUGAUCCACGACGCCAGCUGCGCUUUCCAGGUGGAGGACUUGGAUUCGGUGGAACGACAGAACCCUGACUGCAGGUUCCACAUCCAGCCUUACAAGGACUCCUCCCAUAAUCAGGGGAACCCCGUCAUGCUUUACGUCCAGAAGAACGACGAGAAGAUAAUGGUGUGCUGCCGUAACGACCGUGAAGUCUGCGCCAAGAAAAUGGAACCUCCCAAGAACAUCCAGGAUGAAGGACACGAGGCCUUGUUCUACCAGACAGAUGUCUGUGGGGACAUGUACAAGUUCAAGUCCACCAAGUACAAAGGAAGCUUUCUGGGGUUCGACUAUGACGAGAAUGAUCUGUAUAAACUAGUGUUGCUCAAACCUGCAGUAGACGAGGUGGAUGAACGUUGCCAUAUUAUUCAGCCUCUAGUUUAAACACGGUUACAUGAUGUUUUUUAAUUCGGAAUUAAUAAUUCAGAAUUAAACUAUUUUCCUUCCAGUUUACAUGGAAAUAGUAAUUCUGAAUUGAGGUUUACAUGGAAAACACGUUUGAUCGGCUUUCUCCAAUUCCUCUCCAGGUGUGGGGGUUGGGAAGGUUCUGAUUGGAUAGGGGGGGGACCGGAAGUUAAACUACCGGAAGUAAAACAAACUUAGCCGCUACAAGUCCUGCCAUCUGUUCUUUUAAUUAUUUCCAGGUCCUCCAAGCUAUUUAUUAAAUAAAUGGUCUCUGCUCUUGACCAGCGUUUACGGCGUGCUGCAUCUUGAAACUUUGUUUGGAAAACCAGCCCAGCGCGGAAUAUAAGCGUCAUGGAGACAGAAGGGCGCACUGAGUGGCAAAAACAGCUGCAACUAGUGGAGAAGACGGGAUAACAGCCGAUUAUCGGCUUAAAUUAGCAUCAGUUGGACUUGACAGUGACCCGUACAGUUACCAAGAACCAGUGGUCCAUGGACAUUAAUAUUUGGUACAGUUACCAAGAACCAGUGGUCCAUGGACAUUAAUAUUUGGUACAGUUACCAAGAACCAGUGGUCCAUGGACAUUAAUAUUUGGUACAGUUACCCCAAGAACCAGUGGUCCAUGGACAUUAAUAUUUGGUACAGUUACCAAGAACCAGUGGUCCAUGGACAUUAAUAUUUGGUACAGUUACCAAGAACCAGUGGUCCAUGGACAUUAAUAUUUGGUACAGUUACCAAGAACCAGUGGUCCAUGGACAUUAAUAUUUGGUACAGUUACCAAGAACCAGUGGUUCAUGGACAUGAAUAUUUGGCCACGAAUCCAGUUUCCUGAUUUUUAUAUGUAAUUAAUUUCUACACCGGGGAAAUACACGAAGCAAAGCUUGAAGACAGACAAAAGUCUUGACGCUUGGUCCGACUUCAAGGCAGGAUUUGUUGUAGAAAUUAAAGUAAUGAGGACACCGAACUUUAUGAUUUGACCGUUUAACGUUAGCUACCCAAAAAUCCAACAUUACCUGAUACAAAAUGGGAACCGCAAAUCCACGUUUCGGUGUCUGGAAUCCAGUUGUUUCUGUGAAUUGCAGCGAUCCAUUUGUCUCUCUUAAGCUUAUUUUUCAUCAGUCUAUAAAACGAUAACUCUGAUUUCUUGCUAAAUCUAUGAGUACAGUCGAUCCCACAACAACUUUUUCCCAUUUUAGAUGUUUUCCAGUUGCUCAAACUGAAAGUUUACGCUGCCACUCAGUCUCUCUGCCACUCAGUCUUUCUGACACUCAGUCUUUCUAACACUCAGUCUUUCUGUCACUCAGUGGUUUUAACCCGCUGUGAAGUCCCAUCUGUGACGUCAUGCGCAUUCCCUCUAUAUGGACCGACCUGAGACUGUUGUUUUCUUCUGUAUCUGUACGAGCUGCAGAUCUGUACAAGUGUGUGUAGAGGGUCUGGUGUGGGGGCGAGGACUUGUAUGUUUUUGUAUUUUUUCCAUAAAAACCAAUAAAAAAGUUUUCCACCAAACCCGUGUGAAUGAACACGUUGCUGUCGUCUUGAGCUGCGUCGGUCCAGCGUGCACGCUGAUGUAGAACCUGUUUGGGUUCAGCAGCUGCAGAGUUAGAAACACCAACCGAUCAUGAGUGAAAGGACCAGAAGGGAGGGAUGUUUCUGGAGAGAAACGCACCACCACACGCUUCUUCUUUUCUUACUUUGUGAUCAAAUCAGGUUUCUGAUAGCAUUUGUCCCCUGGAAUAGUUGGUUUUUCCCAGUGUUG